AUGGAAAUUCAAGAAAUCGUCUUGCAGAUUAUUUAUCAAUCAGUUGAAAAGUCAGAAGCUUCUAAUGUAAUACUAGACUACUCAUCAAGUUUUAAAAAGAAACGAAAAAUCAAAAGAGUUCCUAAACAAGAGCCAGCCAAAAAGCAAGAAAAUGAAAAUGGGCUCACCCCUUUAGCUGAUAUUUUAAAUUUAGACCCGAACUACAGCUGUAACCCUUUAAUUGAUGGCGUAAAUCCUCGAGUAAGAAAAAUUGAAGUAAACGAAGUUAUUGAAAUUCCUGAAAAUCUUGAUAUUACCUCAGAAGAAAUGAGCCUGAGAAAAUACAUGGACACUAAAAGAUGGUUUUGUAUGUCAAGACCACAAUACCCCAAAUCAUGUGGUAUCACUUCUCUAGUCUCUUGCUGGAACUUUUUAUAUAGCAAUUUAGGACAUGGAAAUCUGCAACCUUUAUCUCAAGAAAAAGCUCUAAUAAUUUUAGGAAUUGAACCGCCUUUUCAUGAUAUAAGGUUUGGGCCUUUUACGGGUAAUAAUACACUUAUCAAUUGGUUCAAUAUUUUGAAUUUGCAUUUUGGGGUAAAAGGAAAUGCUCAUUUCUUUUGGAAACUCCAUGGGAAAAAUAGGACUGAAGGAAUUGAUAAAGACCAAGCGCUAAAAGGCCUUAUAGAAGGGCUGAGAUCUACAAAUAAGACUUAUAUUUAUCAUUGUUAUAACCAUUAUAUGUGCCCAAUUGGAUACGAGCUUUCUCCAAUGAUACCAAGUGACGCUUAUAAAAAAUUAAACCAAAUCAAUCCUAGCGACAUAAGACCUUUUAUUAUAAUUGGAGAAUGCUCAAAAACCAGCCCAAUCUUUCAUGCAAAGAAAUGGGAUGAUAUUGUGCUUGAUAUAGACCAGCAAAAUCCUCAUUUUUAUAAUAUAAGAAAGCCUGAGCUAGGAGUGCAGUCUUAUCAGUCUGAGACACUUGUUUCAGGAAAAAAACUGGGCGGGAACAUGCAUUGUUUGAUUGCUUUUGAAAGAAUUGAUUAG